AAGUGGAUGAUAAUGAACUCACAACAAUUAAUACUAUUAUCAUGAAAACUAUACCAAAAAAGUCCAAAGAAAACUGCAUAACACCACCAAUAAUUGCUUUUGCACUUGCAUCACAAUUAAAUACAAAACAAAUUCCAAGUAAAAAUGAUAUCAUUGAUAUUCAAGAUGACUCGAGAGAUGGAAGUAAAGCAAAUGACUAUGACGAUAAUAAAAUGAAGAACUUUCUGAAAAUGAUAUUAAUGAAGAC